GAACGCAAUAAGUGAACCGCGAGAUGCAGAGUGGCAAAAUCUAAAUGAUCACUCUACCCUACUAUUACAGUCUGUGCAUUAUCCAAAGCUAACAACGCACGCUCCUAUUCAAACAACGGUGAUAAAUGGGGGCAGCGGUUGUUUUACAGCAAAUACAGUAACAACGCGGAUAUAUUUGUUGUCAGCAUUGUGUUUGAAUGGGUUUUUAAGGGCCACGUGGGUGUGUAACCCCUGAAAGAUGCGGGAUAAUUAGGGAAACAAGCUUACUUAACCUUCUUUUACUUCGCCUCGUAAUUAGUGGCCCGCAGCAACACUGUUACCCCAUCCUUAUAAAAACAAUGUUUAUUAAGAACAGUCCGAGGAAUAUACAUAUUAUAAAUUAUUCCUUUCAUUAAUUUGCCGACAUCUCCGUUUGGAGCCCUGAAAAUCAGAGUGAUUAAUUUAUGAGUCUCGCAAGAAUUUCCUCAAUGCCUGCCUGUUGAUUGCAGCGCUGGACUUUAUUUAUUAGCUGUUCCAAUGAGCUUGCAAUUCAAGACACCCUGGCAAUCCGUCAAAUGUUUUGCAUAUCAUCUUACACUUGUCAGUUUGUCUUCACGGUCUGUUGCAAAUAGAGUUUUGAGCCUUUAUUGCCGACCAUGAAAGGGACAUUUGGAGGUAAUUUUUUGACUAAACGUCUUCCCGUCGCCACUUUUUUUUUUGAUCGGCUUAUAAAGAAAAUACAGUGUCAGGUUCGCAGCCAAUUAGAGUGGGAUAUGGCCUACCACAUAUCUGAGCUGAGGCGAGAGGGGAGCCCUGCCUCUGGCGUUGAAAACGAGCCUCUGCUGCCCUCAGACAGAAAUAAGUUAGGGAAGGGAAAGAGCAGUCCUCUCUGCUGUGAGGGAGUGUUAUGGGGCGAGUGAUUAAUCACGUCGCAGUGAAAUACGCGUCCGCCGCUUUGUGUAUCCAAUAAAUUAAGAGCUCUUGAGGCUUUUUACGCACACAGGUGAAGUUGCUGGAUGCGCGCAUGGGACCCGCCGCGCACCGCUCCCGCAGACGCGCAACUUUAUAAGGAUAAACUGGACGAGGACUGGGACUCUUCUACGUUGACGAGCAAAUUCUCUGUCCCAUCCCGGCUGCCUUCAUGUCGGUUUUCAAGACAGCGCCUUUGAGAAAUACCAGAGGUCUGUGAGUGCGCACCCCGAUGGUCGGAAGGCAGACGCUCCGAAUGGACAGCGGCAAUUGCUCCAGGGAGGUGAUGGAUGACAGCCCCGCAUCCAGUCCGAGCUCCAGCCCCAGUCCGGACGGCCGUCGCCGGGAGCUGCACCGGGCCAGGGUGCUCCAGACCGCGGGGGCGGUCGGCGGCAGGGGACGCCCGGCGGCGGCGAACGCGGCGCGGGAGAGGAGCCGGGUGCAAACCCUGAGGAACGCGUUUCUGGAACUGCAGAGGACUUUGCCGUCGGUGCCGCCGGACACCAAGCUGUCCAAACUCGACGUGUUGAUACUGGCCACCACGUAUAUUGCCCAUUUGACUCGAACACUACAAGAGGAAGGCGCGGAGGAGGGAGAGAGCACAAAACAAACAGAGGCGUUACACUCUUUGAAAGGUGAAGGAUACCUGCACCCAGUGAAGAAAUGGCCAAUGCGAUCCAGACUGUACGUUGGAGCGACCGGACAGUUUCUGAACACCUCAGCUGCUCCAGAGUCAGAGAAUCAAGGCCCAUCGUCGUCCACGUCCCAGUGAAAAAGGCCCGAGUCAUCUGUAUGAAAAGAUUUCAUAUCUGCAUGGGUUCAUGCUUUACGUGCAGCAUCCGUCUGCUCGUAGAUUGAUUGUAGAAGAAGUUGCCAAUCUGGUUUUUACUUCCACUAAAAACCAAUAACGUGACAUUGUAAAUUAAUAUAUUAUGUGGAUUUUAUUGUGUGUGUUUCGAGGAAAGCAUACGUUAUGUUUCUCUGUUGUUGUUUUGACUAAUCCUGUUUGCAUUGUGCAGCUCCACACAUGUCCCAGGUAUGAUAUCUGUAGGAAUUCCGUGGUGGGGCAACGAGCCCGUCAUGCUUCAGUGUGCACUUUCAGCUGAGACAUUUGCACUAAAUGCAUGUGUGAAUAACUUAACAUCUGUCAUGUGAAGAGGUCUGUCAGAGACUCAACAAUGGAGGCUCUUCAUCUCAUGUUCCUUCGUAUUUUUUUUUUUUUUUUUACAUGCAUGGUUGUAAAUGUGUUUGUGAAUAAAUUACUUGACAAUGAAAAGAAGUCUCCCAAGGUUUUAAC